AUGUCAUAUAUAAAUUGUAAUGUUAUGAACGAUAUGCAGAAGAUUUGCAAGGAUAAUGCCCAAAAUAUUGCAUUUCGCCUGGCCAAAUUCAUCAAAGUUGAGCAGUUCAGUUCGCAUUACGCGGGGCUUCGCUUCGGAAUGCACACGUUUGCGCCGUACAGGAACCAGCUGAGCUUGUUGACCACGACGCAGUUAAAGCCAAAACCGCGCGAACAUUUUCUCGCCCGCCAUGCGCUCGAGCAAAUGCCUCCCCGACCUCCGCCCUUCUCGCCUCCGCGCCGCCGCCUUUGCACCUCGCACCCCGCGCUGCCGGCGCGGCGCGCCGCCGAGCAGCAUUGCCUCCGCCUCCUGGAGCGCGCCUCCACGCCCGCGUCGCUCCUCCAGCCCCUCGCCUUCCUCCUGAAGUGCGGCCUCCACUCCAACCCGCUCGUCCUCACCAGGCUCUUCGCCUCCUCCGCCACCGCCGCCCCCGCGCUCCUCGAGCCCCUAGUCGCCGCGCUCCUCCGCCCGGACGUCCCGCUCGACGCCUUCCUAGUCAACACCCUCAUCCGCGCCCACGUCGCCUCGCCGAUCCCCUCCGCGCGCCGCCGCGCCGCGGACUUCUUCCCGCUGAUGCUCAGCCGCGGCAUCGCCCCCAACAAGUUCACCUUCCCGUUCCUCCUCAAGUCCUGCGCCGCGCACCCGGGGUCUCCCGCCGCCGGCCUCCAGGCCCACGCCGCCGCUCUCAAGUUCGGGUUCGCGGCGGACCACUACGUCUCCAACACGCUGAUACACAUGUACUCCUGCUUCGGCGCCGGGUUCCUCGAAGACGCGCGGAACGUGUUCGAGAGAAUGGCCAAGGACAGUGCCGUCACCUGGAGCGCCAUGAUCGGCGGGUAUGUGCGUGGGGGGCUGUCGGGUGAUGCCGUCGGGCUGUUCAGGGAGAUGCAGGCCAGCGGAGUGCGGCCGGAUGAGGUGACCGUGCUCGGGGUCCUGGCAGCCGCCGCUGAUCUGGGCGCGCUCGAGCUCACACGGUGGGUUGGGCGGUUUGUGGAGAGGGAGGGGAUAGGGAAGUCCGUGACGCUCUGCAAUGCGCUGAUUGACACGCUCGCCAAGUGCGGGGACGUGGAUGGGGCGGUGGCGGUGUUCGAGGGGAUGGAGGAGCGGACUGUUGUGUCAUGGACGUCGGUGAUUGAUGCACUUGCGAUGGAGGGUCGUGGGAAGGAAGCUGUGGGGGUGUUCGAGGAAAUGAAGGCUGUUGGCGUGCCGCCUGAUGAUGUUGCAUUCAUCGGGGUGCUCACUGCAUGUAGCCACGCCGGAAUGGUUACUGAGGGUCGUGGCUACUUUGAUUCAAUGAAGAUAGAGCAUGGUAUCGAGCCUAAGAUCGAGCAUUACGGUUGCAUGGUUGACAUGUUUGGUCGUGCUGGCAUGGUUGAGCAGGGAUUGGAGUUUGUUCGCGCGAUGCCCAUGAAACCAAACCCGAUAAUUUGGCGGACACUGGUUGCUGCUUGUCGUGCUCAUGGUCGGCUUGAACUCGGCGAAAGCAUCAGCAGGGACCUUCUGAACGAGUACCCUGCUCAUGAGGCCAACUAUGUCAUGCUCUCCAACGUAUUUGCACUGACGCAGAGAUGGAAGGAGAAGUCAGAGAUUAGGAGAGAGAUGAGCAAGAGAGGAAUUACAAAGGUGCCAGGAUGCAGCAUCGUUGAGCUUGAUGGAGAGGUCCAUGAGUUCAUAGCAGGGGAUGAGUCACAUCCACAGUACAAGGAGAUAUACCUGAUGGUUGAGGAGAUGUCAAGAGAGCUAAGGCGUGUUGGGCACAUCGCACUUACAUCAGAGGUGCUGCUUGAUCUUGACGAGGAAGACAAGGAGGGUGCGCUUCAGUGGCACAGUGAGAAGUUGGCAAUUGCAUUUGUGCUACUGAGGACUCCUCCUGGAACACAGGUCCGAGUGGUAAAAAACCUACGUGUAUGCUCAGAUUGUCACGCAGCAAUAAAAUGCAUAUCACAGGUCUAUAACCGGGAGAUCAUAGUACGUGAUCGGAGCCGUUUCCAUCGCUUCAAGGAUGGUUCCUGCUCGUGCAAAGAUUUCUGGUGAUUGGAGUUGUGUUUCACCAGGUUAUCCUGCUUCUCAUGGUGCAGUGAAGAGUGGGUUGAACUUCAACAGCACAUGCGAGUGGUCAUGGGGUAUUUUCGACGUGCUUCUGCAAGUCCUCAAUUUUUGGUAAUCUAUUUGUAACACAAAGCUUCCAGUGGCCAAAAACUGAUGUUUACUGAAGAUUAUUGGAAGUAGCAUUGGAAC